AGCACAAUGAGCAAAUUAAAUAAGCAUCAAUCGUCAUCUGGCAGCUACGUGCUGAAGACUUGCCAGACUUGUUUUCAUGCCAAAAUCCGCUGUGAUAAGAGCCAGGAUUCCGAGCUUUGCGACCGGUGCUUGCGGCUUGGCAAGGAGUGCGUGUUUAAUCCAGCUCGCCGCCGCCCUAAAGUCAGCCGACAGAGACCAAACGAAACAUUAGAAGUAAGAACGAGAUCCAGUAGAGUCUCUAAGUCGCCAGUGAAUUCGCAUGCCUCAUCUUCAGCCCCAACUCCUAAGCGGCUGGUUGAUGUCAUCAAUAGAGAUGCCUCACUUGACCCUUUCGAAAGAGGCAUUCUAUCCCUGGAAACUGCCAGCACACUCAUCGACUGGUUUAGGAGGAAGAUGACGCCAUAUUUUCCGUUUGUCGUGUUCUCCAAGGAUCUUUCUGUCGACCAGUUGAAUCGGGAAAGGCCAUGUGCCUGUUUGGCUGCUCUGGCAGCGGCUUCGCACUCGGAACUACAUACACAACAGGCACUAGGCAGUCUCUUCAAUCAAGUAAUAGCAGCAAGAAUGAUUGAAGGUAAUAUCGCCGAUAUAGAUCUGCUGCAAGGUCUCCUAAUCCACCUCGCUUGGGCACACUACCAGACCCGACCUAAGAGAUACACACAACAUUUGCACCUUGCUACUAGUAUUGUGUGCGAUUUACGGCUAGACAGACCUAGGAGGCCAGAAGUGUGGAGUGUUGACGGUAGCAAGGAUAAGAAUGAGCUAGACUGGAGCCCUGAGGAAAUGAGAGCAUUAGUUGGCGUGUACUAUCUCUCCUCCAGUUCUUCCCUGAUCCUCCAAAAAUCGCGCCACUUCUACUUUACGCCUUACAUCUCAAGGUGUUGCGAGUAUCUUGCCCAUCAGAAUCAACAUCCAACCGAUAAGCAUCUUGCUUGCAUUGUACACUUGCAAAAGCUUACCGAGAAAGUUGAAGAAAUCACGGGUAGGACCUGCAACAUCGGCGAUGGUGCACAAUUCGAGGCCGAAAUUCAGCAGAUUGCCCAAAAGUGUGCUGAAGUCAAGUCCACUUUACCCUUUUCUCUCAGCGAAAGUCCUCCUCUUUUCUUGCAAUUUCACAUGCUAGAACUUUUUCUUAGCCAGUCAUCACCACGAGGGACUCCAUUUGGGCUUGACAAGUUUCAGGACAACCAAAACCGAUCUGAACAUCAGGCUUCUCUAAUGAGCUGGCUGUCUGCUAGCAUAUCGGCGGCUCGCUCUCUGAUCAGCGUCGUACUCGUCCUUCCACAAGGCGAAGAGGGUGCAAUGUCAAACAUAGGUUGGAUAAUCAUCUAUUGUGGUCUAUCACUCGCGGUCCGACUUGAUCUGAUAGCUGCAAACCGUGGCAUCUCGGGAUUUACCCAGCAUCUACGCCAAUUUCUGGAUAUGCCCCAUACACUUCGGCAAGUUGUUCUUCGGCUAGAGGCAGCGGCUGAUUUGGACUCGGGUACUGUGGCUGGCGAUCAUGGGCCGUUCGAUGGCUUUGCCAAGCGAGUGAGUCGGCUUGAGGAGUGGUACUUUGCUCGUAUCGACCAACAGGUGGCUGAGCCAGCUACCACCACAACUUUACAAGUGACUGGACAAUUGCCAAUGUUCAUGGGCACUGACUCUAUUCCCGGUGGUGACUUGAUGAUAUCCCAGGACGCCUGGGCUGGAAGCUCCGAUUGGUACCAUGGUUCAGAACUAGACAUGGGCACAUUUCUCUUUACGGACCCUGUUGAUUUCUCAGGCAUGUUUGCGCUCUAAAACUAGGUACAGGGCGCAGGGUGGAUUUAGAUACGGGAUAAGAGAUGGACGCGACUUGCACGGCUCAUCAAACCAAGGGCCCACAGAAUUAGUACGGACACGGAGUAAGACACGGAAUAAGACGCGGAUGACACGG